AUGAAUUUAAAUUAUCAACUGCCCACAGUUAAAAGUACUAAUCAAAAUAAUCAUCAACAACAAGUUCAUCAACAUCAUCAUUUAUUAUUACCAACAAUAAUUUUAGGUAACAUCAUCACAAUUUUUAAACAAGUCAUCGCAUUCAUUUAUUCAGCUAUUAUAAAUCCAAAUGAUAAUGGAAUAAUUACAAAAGAUAUACAUAAUAAACCAUCAUCAUCAUCUUCAUCUUCAUCAUUGCCAUCGGAAAAAACAAAAGUUAUUGAACAACCAAAAAUAAAUAAUACUGAAGAUGAUAUAAAUUUAUUCCCAUCUAUAUCGUUUAAACAAGAAUAUAACGAAGAAGAACCUCAAAUUUCAGAAUUCUCUCCAGUAACAUGUUCCAUGGGUUUAACUACAAGAUUAUUACCUAUUAAAAAUGAAAAUGGCGAUUUAGAAUGGGUUUUCACAGAUGAUGAUUCUAAAAUAGGUGGAAAUAAUGAUUUAGAUGCUUUUAAAAUACAACCCGAACUGCAUCAACUACAAGCAAAAAAGAAUUAUCUAACACCAACUAUUUCAAAUGAAUCAAAAGAUACUCCAACAAAUAAUUCUACUCCUCCAACUGAAGAAGAUGAUAUAAGUUGUAAUGACAAUGAUGAUAAUGAUAAUGAUAAUGAUAAUGACAAUGAUGAAAUUGAUAACGACAAUAAUGAAAAUAAAGUUCAUCAAUGUCCACAUUGUGAUGCCAGUUUCAAAAUAAGAGGUUAUUUAACAAGACAUCUUAAAAAACAUUCAACAAAAAAAGCUUAUUCUUGUCCAUUCCAUGAUAAAAGUAUUUAUAUUGAUGAUAAUAAUAUAACUCAUAAAUGUCAUCCAAGUGGUGGAUUUUCAAGAAGAGAUACUUAUAAAACUCAUUUAAAAUCAAGACAUUUUAAAUAUCCAAAAGGAACAAAAACAAAAGAUCGAGCAAAUUCUCAGGGUAAUUGUUCAAUGUGUGGAGAAUUUUUUAAUUCUGCUGAAAUUUGGUGUGAAAUGCAUGUUGAAGGUGGUGAAUGCAAAUUUUUACCAGUUGGUUUUAAAGGUAAAAGUAGAAUUAAAAAUAGAUUAAGAAAACAAUUACAAAAGAAUAAACAAGUUGAUCCUGAAUUAUUACCAUAUGCAUCAAAAGUCUUACAAGAAGUUAAAGAAUUAAAACAACAACAACAACAGAUUAAACAAAACAAAGGAGGAGCAAUAAAUAAACAUUCAACAUCAUCAAUUUCAUCAACUACAUCAUCUCAAGAAUCUAUAAAUACUCCAAAUUCAAUAACUUCAUCAUCUUCAAUUUAUGAUUCAUCUCCAUAUACUCCUCAAUCAACAAAAUCUCCAUUAGAAUAUAUGAUGAAACAACAGCAAGUACAACCAUUACCUCAACAUCAUUAUCAUCAAGUGCAACCACAACAUCCAUUACAUCAACAGUAUACUACUCCGUCAUAUACAUUUGAUCAAAUUUCAACUGCCCAUCAAAAUCCAAAUUUAAAACAUCAAUCAAUUGAUGAUUAUGAUGAUGAAUAUUGUUUAGAUAUUGAUCAAUUAAAUUUUACAAAUUUUAUACAAGCCCAACAACAAUUACAACAAAGUCAACAACAAAUGAUAUAUUUUAAUGAUUUCAAUCAUCAUAAUCAGCAAGAACAACAACAACAACAACAUCAACCACCACCUCAAAAUCAACAAUAUCAAAUGUAUAAUUAUUAA